CGGGCCCAUCGCCGUUUCUGAAAUGAAUGAUGAAGGGUUGAAGAAUGAUGAACCGUCGGUUGCACCGAAUGAUGUGUUGACUGAUUUGAACGAAAAGUUGCUGAGAAUUGGAGUGACAGCGGCAACAGUUAGGUCGGAGGACAGUCGAGCUCGAUCUCUGUGCCCCGAAUCGGGUAUUACAUUGAAGUCUGGAUCGAGGUUAUAGAAGUCAUCGCGUUGCCGGAGCAUCUUCCGCCGCCGACGAGUUUCGUGGCUCUCAACAUGCCUUUCAAAACGACUUUGGUAGUUCUCCUCUUUGUCACCGUCGUGAAGCUCAUCAUCGGGAGAAAUCAGAAAUGACGUUGCCUCCCAAUCACGGUCUUUGUUAGGAGCAUGGACUGGGUCGGUAUCAUUUACGACCGUAGAACCAUUUUCGUCGGUUUGGCGAAUGGAUUCUAUGAGACUGGUACGCUGCUGUCAUUGCCCAGAAGUUGGAAUUGUACGGAAGAUGUAUGUGUGGUUGUGUUGCGAACAUGCGGUGAUCUGUGACCACAAAGCUUUGAACAUGGAGAGAGGGGCGGCGCCUAUAUCAUAAAGAGCUCCUUAAGUUGCACGACGUGGGCGUAAGAGG